AUGACUUCAGUCAAGCUUAAUGGAAAAAAUUACAUUUUAUGGGCCAAGUCAUUGGCUAUUUUCUUGAAAGCCAAAGGCUUUGGCGAUCAUUUGGUUCAAGAUAAACCCAAAAGCAGUGUUGCUAAUUUUAGUUCAUGGGAACAAAGGGAUGCUCAGAUCAUCUCCUUAAUGUUGAAUUGUAUUAAACCUUAUAUUAGCUCCAACUUGUUAUAUCUGGACACUACCAAAGAGAUAUGGACCCAACUCCAACAGUUAUAUUCUGGUACUGGAUUGUCACAAGAGUAUGAACCUGUUCGUGCACAGAUUUUAGGUAGCCCUACACUUCCCUCUCUACCUGAUAUGUUAACCAGACUCCAACGUGCCACUUUAUCUAGUGGCGCUUCAAGAAGUGCUUCCAGUGGUGUCACUGCUCCUUCUAACAGUGAACAUUCUGCCUUAGUUGUAAACCAGCGUGGCUUUCAGUCUUCUCGUGGAGGUGGUGGUGGUGGUCGUUUCAGUCGUGGUCGUGGCCUUGGCCAUGGUCGAGGCAAAGUGACUUCUAGUGAUGUGGAUUCUUCUCUCUCUACCAUAUCCACUGCUUCACAUGUGGCUGUUGAGACUGUUAUGGUCACAAUACCCCGUGAUGAGUAUGCUCAGUUUUUGUCUCAACAACGGACUUCCACCUCAUCUUCCAUGGGGUCCUUGGCUCAAUCAGGUAGUGGCCCUACAUAUCUUUUGUCCUCUACUCAGAGUCCCUGGAUUCUUGACUCUGGCGCGUCCGAUCACAUGACUGGUAGGUCUCAUCUCUUAUCUGAUUUUCAGUCUGUUCAUUCCUCUCAAAGUGUUACUCUUGCUAAUGGAUCAUCAACUAAAGCCUUAGGUUUGGGAACUGAUCUCAAGACGAAGAAGAGGAUUGGUACGAGACAUGAAGUAAGUGGCUUGUAUUACUUUGAUCUUGCACCAUCUCCCACGGCUCUUCAAUCAUCUUUGUCUUCUUUCCAGUGGCACUGUCGUCUCGGCCAUCCCUCACUAUCAGUUCUGCAGCGUCAAGUUCCCUGUCUUAGUCAUGUUGAGUCUAUGUCUUGUGAAACAUCAUGUCAUCUUAUUAAUAGGAUACCCUUGUCAGUGCUAAAAGGUAAAUCUCCUCGUUCUGUUCUAUUUCCUGACUCCAUAUCGUUUAAUCUGACUCCGCGGGUCUUUGGCUGUAUGUGUUAUGUCCAUAACCUUGGACCUGGUCUUGAUAAACUCGACCCUCGUGCAACUAAAUGUGUUUUUCUUGGGUAUUCAUGCACUCAGAAAGGCUAUCGUUGUUACAGUCCUCAUUUCCAACGCUAUUUCACUAGUGCUAAUUUUCCUGUUUCCGUACCUUAUCUCUCUGCUGUCCCAUUGCAGGUUUAUACUCGACAACCUCGACCGCCUACUUUGCUCCCUCUAUCUCCUUCAGAGUCUUCGAAUCCGACACCUUUACCCAAUGAUUUGCCUAUUGCCCUUCGUAAAGUAUAUGUUACUUUUGUUCCAAAGACUUUGCAGGAUGCUCUCUCUGAUUUAGGUUAG